AUGGCUAGCCCUCUUGUGCUAGCUUUCGAUGCUGAGGGCCGCCCAGUGAAGUUCGAAACCUGGCUUGAUGACCUACACCUCUUCCUACAGCUCACUGCCAAGGAAGACAUCUCACUGUACGAUCACGCCCUAGGCCACGCUACUGCUCCUGCUGCUACUGCUGACAGCACUGCCCGCUCACAUUGGCAGACUCGUGACGCCCACGCUCGCUUCGCUAUUCGCAACUCCCUGCCGAUAGAUGAGCGUGAGCACUUUGGGCAGCACAAGACUGCACAGGCACUGUACACUGCUGUCGUUGCCCGCUACUCCUCACCGACCUCUGCCGCACUCGGCCGUCUCUCUCUUCCCUACCUGUUCCCCGACUUAGCCUCGUUCCACACAGUGGCUGACCUCAUUACGCACCUCCGUACUAUCACCCGCCUCCCUGACACUCUGCGCUCAGUCCGGGACCACUUCCUAGCUCGCUGCCCCACUGAGCUCACCAUUGCCCUCCUUGAGAAGGAACUCCUUGCAGCUAAGGCUAGCAUAGUCGCUGUAGGUGCCUCUUGUGGCGACCUCCGUACCCCGUUCUUUGAGGGGUGUUCUCCUUCCCCCCUUCUUCCCUCUGUCGCCUCUGCUGCUGCUGUCGACCUCCUUGGUGCUGAAAGGGUCAGGAGCGCGUCUGCUUCGAGCGGGCGCCGCAGCGGCAAGGGAAAAGGGGGCAAGGGCGGUGGCGGUGACAGCGGGGGAGGCGAUGGUGGGGGAGGUGGUGGCGGUGGGGGUGGUGGCGCGACUGGAGGGGCAGGUGGCAGCGGUGGGGGUGGUGGUGGCGGCGGCGGGGGAGGUGGCCGGGGCGGAGGUGGUGGUGGGGGUGGCGGCGGACGCGGCGGCGGCAGGGGUUGGGGUGGUCGAGGAGGUGGCGGCGGCGGUGGUGGUCGUGGAGGCGCUGGCGGUGGCCAGGGCCAGCAGCACACUCCGUCGCCCCAAGAGGUCCGUGAGUGGUACUCUCAGUACGGGGGGGGGGGGUGGCUUUAG